AUGGAAAGGUUGCAGCAAAAGAUUCAGGCAAAUAGAGAUGUUGUAAGAAGAUCCAAAUUCUUCAAUGAAAUCAAAUCAUCAAUAGAUGUUCCUUUCACAUGUAUACGGUGUCUCGCUUUAGGCUCGCCGACACAGAGCUCCGAUUCCAGAUACCAAUACGCUUUGUUACUCGAGUUAAUUGAUUGGUUAGGAGUUACAAACGUCUCCAUCUACGAUCCAGUGUUUACAGAAGACGACAAGCAAUUGUUUGGCAGCUUCAGUAUCGAGGAAACGUUUGACCUACCGCAGGAUCAAAAUGUGCUCUUUUACAUACCUCAUUUACCGCUUGAAGUUAUGGAACAGGUAGUUAACAAUGAACAGCCAGUCUAUUUUUUAGGGAAUGAUGUGAUUGUUCAUACUGAUCGCUUGACAAAGAGGAAAUUAGCGGAACUAUACCCCAGCAUGGCCGUAAUGGUCCAAUAUUCAAGCAAUGACUCAAAAUUAGAUGACGGGUUUACAAAAGUUGCAAAAACUAGAAAACUGUAUAAAGAACCCGAGGUAACCUAUAAUUUCGAUUCCGUUUACUUUAAAAAAGUUGAGAUUGUUCGUUACCAAAACAACUUCAACAAAAGUGAUCCCUGGGGCAAUUCGUUUUCAGAUUUAGCACUACAUAGACUUGUCACGAAAUAA